CUUCAAUAUUUGCAUUCACACUAUUUCAUCUCAUCUAGAUCUUCAAUUUCAACCCCAUUCAUGUUUGUUAAUGAUCAUGUCCCUUUUCAUGCUGGGCGAUGAUUCUUCAACCAGCUUCUUCGACCUUUCAGUUCUCUCAGGUUUUCUCUUCCCUUUGUCCCUGUAACAAUGAAGUGAACACUUUUGUUUCUUUCCCUUUAUCCAGAAGGAGAAGAAAACGCUUGAUUGCCAAUUCUGGGUAUCGCAAAUUUCGAAGAAAAUGUAACAUUAGCUUCUGUUCAAUCCCCACGGACGGUGGUUCCAGUUCCAACCGAAAUUGGAACGCCGAAUUCGCAAAUUCAACGAGAAGGGGUGCUAAAAGUUUCGUCUUGAAACGGAAUUCCAAUGAACUGGUUGAGGGGGAUGAUCAUCAUGAGUUGCAAGAGUCACAGGUUCAAUUGGGUUCAAACUUUACCAGUUUCACUGAAGACCCAAUUGUUGAUAAGCUAAGAACACAAUUGGGGGUGAUACACCCAAUGCCAUCGCCUCCGAUUAACCGCAACGGGGUUGGUUUGUUAGUGUUCUUUUUCUUUGUUGGGAUUGUGUUUGAUAAAUUGUGGACUUCAAGGAGGAGGAACAAAGUUAGCAGUGAAGACAGCUUGCGUGGUGUGUGGCCUCAGGUUCCCACAAGCUUCUCAUUGUUUCUGGAAAAGGAUUUGCAGAGAAAAGAGUCAGUUGAAUGGGUGAACAUGGUGCUUGGAAAGUUAUGGAAGGUUUAUAGAGGUGGACUUGAGAAUUGGAUUAUAGGAUUGCUUCAGCCUGUUAUUGAUAACUUGAAGAAGCCUGAUUAUGUGCAGAGGGUUGAGAUUAAGCAAUUCUCAUUGGGGGAUGAACCAUUGUCUGUUAGGAAUGUUGAGCGCAGGACUUCUCGCCGGGUGAAUGAUUUGCAGUACCAGAUAGGCCUUAGGUACACUGGUGGUGCUCGCAUGCUGUUAAUGCUGUCUCUGAAAUUUGGCAUUAUUCCAAUUGUUGUACCUGUUGGUGUUCGAGAUUUUGACAUUGACGGUGAACUUUGGGUAAAAUUACGACUAAUACCAACUGCGCCUUGGGUAGGAGCUGUUUCAUGGGCUUUUGUUUCACUUCCAAAGAUCAAGUUUGAAUUGUCUCCAUUCCGUUUGUUCAAUAUAAUGGCAAUUCCAGUUCUCUCGAUGUUUUUGACUAAACUUCUCACUGAAGAUUUACCUAGACUAUUUGUACGCCCCAAGCAAAUUGUUUUGGAUUUCCAGAAGGCAAAAGCUGUUGGUCCUGUUGCUGAUGAUGUUAAAUCUGGAGAAAUGCAAGAAGGAAACAAGGAUUCUGUUGGUGAACUAUCUGUUACUCUUGUGGAUGCUCGAAAGCUUUCUUAUAUCUUCUAUGGCAAGACAGAUCCUUAUGUUAUUCUCAGCCUAGGAAAUCAAAUUAUACGCAGCAAAAAGAACAGUCAAACUACUGUCAUUGGGGCCCCUGGAAUGCCAAUUUGGAAUCAGGAUUUUCAUAUGCUUGUUACCAACCCUAAAGAGCAGAAGUUAUGCAUCCAAGUAAAGGAUGCUUUGGGACUUUUAGAUUGGACUAUUGGUACGGGAGAGGUUGAUUUAGGAUCUCUUAAAGACACUGUACCAACAGACAGAAUUGUGGUUUUACAAGGGGGUUGGGGAUUUUUUGGUAGGGGCUCUUCUGGGGAGAUAUUAGUACGGCUAACAUAUAAAGCAUAUGUGGAGGAUGAGGAAGAUGACAAGGCUGAGGUGGAUUCCAUUGAUAUAGAUGCUUCAGAUGAUGAGUUGUCUGAUUCAGAAGAAGCAAAUGUCACUGAUGAGAAGAAUGUAAGAGAUUCUAUGUACGAAACAGAUAAAGAGUCAUUUAUGGAUGUUUUGGCAGCAUUAAUUGUUAGCGAAGAAUUCCAAGGGAUAGUAGCAUCUGAAGCAGGCUUUACCAAACCUUUGGAUAAUGAUUCAAAUAGAGGGUCUAAAGUAUCAAAAUCUCCUGUUGCCAAUGCUGAAUCAAUUCCUUCUAGUUCUGAUAAUUCUGAAGGUUAUGGAGGUUCAGCCUUAUUUUGGCUUGCUGUGAUUACUAGUGUAGCGCUACUAAUAGCUGUCAAUAUUGGUGGUUCAAAUCUCUUCAAUCCUUAAGAUGGUGUUCUGCUGCUUGCAAUCUUGGUCUUGGUUCAGUUUAAGUUGGGCAGUAGAUUAUAAUCAGAUAAUUUUUCUCUGAUAUACUAGUAUAGUUUUUGUAUAUUCGUGAGUACUGCUGAUGGAGGAAAGCAUCUACCGGCGGCGCAUGAUUUUUUGGCUUCGUUUUGUGAGAGCCACAAAUUUUAAUUCGGCUUAAAUCUGUACUUACUGUUCAUAUGAAGGAUUUUGUUCCUCUAUAAAAUAGAAUAACAGGUUUCUCAUUCUUGCCUGAGACUAUUUUGAUAAACCUCGCCAUUCCAAUACACGUUGAAGAAUGAUUGUUUGAGGGUUAAAAAUCACAGGUCAGAAUCAUAAAGGUAGUUCUAUUCUAAUCUAAUGUCUAGAUCACGCUAACCAAUCUUCUACAUGCUUGCGUAUGAAAUGUAGGAUCUGGUUGUAUUAGCUUUUGAAUAUAGUACAUUUCGGCUGCAGCUCUCUUUCUUUC